CGGUUAUGUUGUGAUUGGGCGAGGAGGUUUACCUGAUUGUUUGGGUUCCGGGGCGUUGUCUUUGGAGAAUAUUUGGACAGCACUUUUGAAUUCGACAGAAGACGCUUCACUAACGUUAGCUACAAAGCCAACAUCAGUUGUAACGCCAAAUACUUGCAGGAGACUGAACUCUGAACCCCGAGUUAAAGAGCAUGGCGAAAGUUAUCACUGUUUUCGGAGCGACAGGGGUACAGGGAGGUUGGGUGGCCAGUGCCCUUCUGCAGGACUCUGAUUUCAAAGUCCGGAUAGUGACGAGGAGCGCCUCUAGUGACAAGGCCAAGGCACUGCAGGAGAGAGGUGCUGAGGUCGUUGAGGCCAGUUUUGACGAUCCCGACUCACUGAAGCGGGCACUGCAGGGCGCCCACGGAACGUUCGUGAUGUCAACCCAGGAUUUCACCAAAACUAAAGACUUUUAUCAACUUGAAGUCAAGCAGGGUAAAGCGGUAGCGGAUGCAGCAAAGGCUGCCGGUGUACAACACGUGGUGUUCAGCAGCCUGGAUGCCGUCCAGAAGACCAUGGGUUUCUCCUGUCUACACUUCGACUCUAAAGCAGAGAUCGAGGAGUACAUGAAGUCUAUCGGACUGCCAGUUACCAUCGUCAAGUUUCCCGCCUACUAUGACAACUACCUCUCCCUCCGGCUGGUCACAAAACUGGAGGAUGGGACGUAUGAAAUAGGAUACGCGAUGGAAGGCGCCGCCAUGCACGGUGUCAGUGUUACCGACGCAGGUUUUGCGGUCAGGGCGAUCUUCAAGAACAGGGACGAGUGGCUGGGCCGGACUGUCGGGUUCAGCGGAGACAAACUCACCAUCCAGCAACACGCAGACAUUCUCUCCAAACACCUGGCGCCGAACGUGUUCAAACCGACUCAGAUGACAUCGGACGCGUUCAGCCAACUGCCCUUCCCGGGAGCGAAGGACCUCGGGGACAUGUUCAAGUUCUACCGCCUGGGCAACCCGGACUUUGACGCGGAACUGACCCGACAGCUGUACCCGGGCACCAGGAGCCUGGACCAGUGGGUGGCGGACAACAAAGAGGCGAUGUUGAACGCAUUAGGCAGCAUGUAGACAUAGUAAUAGUUAUAUCAAAUGUAUGUUUGAAAGGAAAGAAUUAUCAGAAACGCUCAGUAAAUGUUCCUUUGGUGAAAAUAGAGAGUCAACAUUUAACGUUACCAGUGGAGAUAGCAUAUUUCUAGGUAAAACGUACUUGAACUGGCGUGUCCAUAUUUCACAUUAAAGUUUCUUUAACUGUAGCAAUACAAACGUAGCUGUAGUGAAAAGAAGCAAACACGAAACUAAGAAUAUAUCUAGUACGUUGUCAUGUGUUUGUCCAAAGCUGACAAGGGUACCAGUAUGCGUGUGCUUAGAUAACCGUAGGUCAAAUUAUGUAGAUUGUUACAGACGUGUUACAUUGUACAAGUAGGUAAAUAUAUCAAUGAAUGCUCAGACCUUACAACUAAUAGUGUCAAUGAUACCAUAGAUAGACUCAAUAUGUUGAUACGUAUAUUGCUACUUAUUCGUAGACAUUCAUGUAGGUAAUUCAUAUGUAUUUGUAGCAGGCCUUACGAAAGUCGCUGUACUUUUGUUGUGUUAAUAAACGUAUACAUGUACGAAAUUUC